AUGGCUUCGCUGUUGCAGAUGUUGGGCAAUUUCCCUCAACGCCUUACAUCCUUCCUCGACCGCCCUGGCUUUCCAUGGAAAAAACUGAUCCUCGGCUUUUCUCUGGGCCAAUUUGUGUUGGAAGGGUUCCUGUCGUUGAGGCAGUAUAGGGUCUUGCAGAGGAAGAAGCCCCCUAAGACGCUGGAAGACGAGAUCUCACAGGAUGUGUACGACAAAAGUCAGGCGUAUGGGCGUGCGAAACUAAAAUUUGGUUUCUUGUCUGGCCUAUACUCGCAGAUCCAAAAUGUCCUGUUCAUUCAGUACGACAUUCUUCCCAAGCUUUGGUCCCUGACAGGCCUCUGGCUGUCCCGCUACCUCCCUGAACGGUUUUCUGGCGAAAUCUCACACUCAGUCCUGUUCUUCUUGACGUUCAGCUUCAUCUCGCAGAUUCUGUCACUUCCACUCUCGUAUUACGGCACUUUCGUCUUGGAAGAGAAGUUUGGGUUCAAUAAGCAAACGGUCAAGCUCUGGUUCACGGACAUGCUCAAGGGUCAGGCUUUGAUGGUGGCGUUAGGCACGCCACUGCUCAGCGCGUUCUUGAAGAUCAUCCAAGUGACUGGGACAAGAUUCUUCUAUUACCUCUGGUUGUUCGGCAUUGCGGUCCAACUCUUCGCCAUCACAAUCUAUCCAAUCUUUAUCCUUCCACUAUUCAACAAGCUGUCACCCUUGGAGCCUGGGGAGUUGAAGUCGGGGGUCGAGACGCUGGCGUCGAAGCUCAAGUUCCCGCUGAAGUCGUUGUAUGUCAUCGAUGGAAGUAAACGAAGUGCUCACAGCAAUGCCUAUUUUUUCGGUCUGCCGUGGAAGAAGCACAUUGUCAUUUACGAUACAUUGAUUGAGAAGAGCGAGCCUCAAGAGGUAGUCGCCGUCCUCGGGCAUGAGCUGGGACAUUGGAGUCUCUCGCAUACGACCAAAUUGUUUGGAAUCGCCCAAUUCCAUAUGUUUUACAUUUUCGCCCUCUUCAGCGUCUUCAUUGACAACCACUCCCUCUACUCGUCCUUUGGGUUUCACAACUCUCACCCCAUCAUUAUCGGUUUUAUCCUUUUCUCUGACGCUCUGGCCCCCAUGGAUGCAGUGGUGAAACUGUUGAUGAACAUACUUUCUCGCAAGUUUGAAUUUGAAGCCGACGAAUUCGCCAGAAAUUUGGGGUUCCAGAAGGAAUUGGCCAGUAGUCUCGUCAAGCUGCAAGUGCAGAACCUGAGUACCAUGGACGCAGACUGGAUGUAUGCAAGCUACCACUAUAGCCAUCCCAUCUUGGCGGAGAGAUUGGCGGCCUUGGGAUGGAAGAGUUCGAAACCGGCGCCCAAUGACAAGGUUGUGGAACUUGACGAGAAGGUCGUGGAUGCCCAGGUUGUCAAGGCCACGGACCGAGAGCUGUGA